GAAUUAAUAUAUCCCUCUAACGGUUCUUUUCUCACACAUUUCUGCCUCCUUAGUCCUCACCUCACCUGUUUGAAAAAUUCUCUCUCUCAUCAGUGUACACAAAAACAGACUCUCUCUCUCUAAUGUAUACAAAAAUCUGGGCUUUACAAAUCGUUGUCUCUCUUUGAAUUGGAGUGGAAAUAUCAAUGGAAGGUAUACUAAGUGAGUGCGUACAAACCAGCUUGCGGCAAUUUAUGCAUCGCAACGCCAUUUUUAUGUGCGAACGCCUCUGUGCCCAGUUCCCCUCUGAGAAAAAUAUGCAGCUUUUAGCUGAGUGCUACCUGCAGAACCAACAGGCUUAUGCUGCAUACCAUGUUCUGAAGGGGAAAAGUAUGGCUGAAUCUCGCUACUUGUUUGCACUAUCAUGCUAUCAGAUGGGUCUUCUCACUGAAGCUGAGACAGCACUUAAUGAGCCAUCAGCUGCAGAGGUUCCAAACGGUGCAGCUGGGCAUUACCUUCUUGGUCUUAUUUACCGGUAUACUGAUAGAAGAAAUCGUUCCAUCCAGCAUUUCAAUCAGGCCUUGUUAUUGGAUCCAUUGCUAUGGGCUGCAUAUGAGGAGUUGUGUAUACUAGGUGCUGCACAAGAAGCAGCUGCAGUUUUCGGGGAAGCAUCUUCCCUCUCCAUUCAAAAACAACACUUGUACCAAUCCCAAAAUAUACAAGCAUCUACUGAUGAUCAGAAUGUAGCUUCUAGGAAUAUUGUCUCGGACGACAUCAGCCCUAGGCAGUCAAAGCAUACACAUAGCAAUAAUCUUCGAGAAAGUAAUGGAACAGCUGCUGUCCAGAGUUUAGGUGGGGCUUCUACUAACAUGUCAUUCUACAACACUCCCUCACCAAUGGCUUCACAGUUGUCCGGAGUUGUUCCUCCUCCAGUUUGUAGAAAUUUUCAGCAAAAUGGAACUAAUGCAUCUAUGGCUGGUGCUGCUGAUAGUUCGCCACGAUCAACUGUCAAUUCAACCAUUCAGGCUCCCCCUCGGAGAAAGUUUGUUGAUGAGGGAAAGUUGAGAAAGAUAUCUGGGAGGUUAUUUUCUGAUUCUGGCCCUCGACGAAAUUCAAGGCUUGCUGGAGAAUCUACUGGAAACACAAAUUCAAAUGUAUCUGCAGCUUCCAAAUAUCAUGGUAAUUCGAAGCCGAGCUCAAUGACUUUACGUUCCAUGACAAGUCGAAAGUCACAAUCUUGGGCUUCCGAAAACUAUGCUGAAGGGGUUCGGAAUGACAUUUCUGAUGAUUCUCAGCUGAAUUCACACCCUUCUGGAGAUGCUAGACCUCUUGAACAAGAAGGGUCCGGAGCUUCUAUCCUCUCAGGUGCUUCAGACAUAUUGGCCCUUUUCAGGAUUCUCGGGGAAGGUUACAGACUUUCUUGUCUAUAUAGAUGCCAGGAUGCACUAGAUGUUUAUGACAAACUCCCACACAAGCAUUAUCAGACUGGAUGGGUUCUUUCCCAGAUUGGAAGAGCAUACUUUGAAAUGGUUGAUUACCUAGAAGCAGAUCAUGCGUUUGGCCUUGCUCGUCUGGCCUCACCUUACAGUUUAGAAGGGAUGGAUGUGUACUCGACAGUGUUGUAUCAUCUCAAGGAGGACAUGAAGUUGAGUUAUCUGGCUCAGGAGCUGGUAUCAACUGAUAGAUUAGCUCCUCAAUCUUGGUGUGCUAUGGGGAAUUGCUAUAGUUUACAGAAAGACCAUGAAACUGCUCUUAAAAACUUUCAACGAGCUGUACAACUAAAUCCUAGAUUUGCAUACGGGCACACUCUUUGUGGUCAUGAAUAUGUUGCUUUAGAAGAUUUUGAAAAUGCUAUCAAGAGCUAUCAAAGUGCACUUCGCGUGGAUGCCAGGCAUUACAAUGCGUGGUAUGGGCUUGGAAUGAUCUAUCUCCGCCAAGAGAAGUUUGAAUUUUCAGAGCAUCACUUUCGCAUGGCUUUGGGUAUAAAUCCACAUUCUUCUGUUAUCAUGUCCUAUCUUGGCACUGCACUACACGCUCUGAAGAAAAACGAGGAGGCAUUGGAAGUGAUGGAGCUGGCUAUCGUAGCAGACAAGAAAAAUCCUCUUCCAAUGUAUCAGAAGGCUAACAUCCUUGUGAGUAUGGAAAGUUUUGAUGCCGCUUUACAGGUCUUAGAGGAACUUAAAGAGCAUGCUCCUCGUGAGAGCAGCGUCUAUGCUUUGAUGGGUAGGAUUUACAAGAGGCAUAAUAUGUACGACAAAGCCAUGCUUCAUUUUGGAGUAGCGUUAGAUUUAAAACCAUCCGCAAUUGAUGUUGCAACCAUUAAGGCUGCCAUCGAGAAGUUGCAUGUACCAGAUGAUCUGUUGUAAGGCAUAAUUAUAUUUUAUAAUACUUACGAACAACUAAACUACCAAGUGACCGCGUUGUAAAGAUCACGUUGAAUUUUUCCCAA